UCAUUCUGUUGCACUUUUUUUUUCUCUCCCUUCUUCCUCCUUUUUUGUUCUUUACUUUAUAGAUUAAAAACUUCUCAGGUACUCCGAAGUAUUGAUGUCCUUACUCCUUGGAGGAAAUGAACGUUGGAUACGAGCUCUUAGCGUCAAUCUCGUUCUGUUUCAUAAAGGAACCUCAGAAUAACACGAAGAGCAGAAAGAAAAAGAAUUGGAGAAGCGGAGAAAGAAAUAACAUGGUAUUGCUUUAACAUGUAAAUUAGAUCUCCCAGAGUCCAGAUGGAAAGUAAAGGAAUUCUCCUGGCAGUUGCUUCCCUUCUUCACCUCAUGGAAUCAGAAUCCUGUUCCCCAGCCAAAGCUAUACAAAGGAAAGGGACGGGUUCCUUCUCCCUCCUAUUCCUCUGCAUUCUCCCUCGUCUCACACAGGUUGUCAUCUAGUUGCUGAAUUAGAGAACAUAAAUUCCGAAUUUCUUUCAACUUUCAAACAAACUUGAUAAGAAACUUUAUUGGUGAAAAGAGGACACAUGUCUUCACGUGGGAAGAAGGACACCACAUUGGUGGAUGCAUCUAGAGGUGCUGCUGUUUCUGAGAAACAAGUUUCAAAUUCUAAUGAGCUUCAACGCCAGAAGAGAAGGACCAAUUCACUUCAUUUGCCCCUGGAAACUCAUUGGGAGCUUUCCCAAGUAGAAAAGAAGAAGUUCUCUUUGUCACGGAUGAGUUUCAAGUCAAUCCAGGAAUCAUUAAUGGGAAUUAGUAGAAGCAAAAGAUACCGUAGCAUGUUUCAAGGUGUUCAUGACCCAAAAGAAGAACAUGUGGUGCAGUCUUUCAGGCAAUCACUUCUGUCAACCAGCCAACUUCCUGAGAAAUAUGAUGACUAUCAUACACUUUUACGUUUUCUACGAAUGAGAGGUUUCGACAUAUCGAAGGCAAAGGAUGCAUUUCUAAAUAUGCUAAAGUGGCGUGAAGAUUUUGCUGUAGAUACAAUUGCAAAGGAUUUCAAGUUUGACGAAUAUGAAGCAGUUAAAAAAUGCUAUCCACAUGGAUAUCAUGGAGUUGAUAGAUAUGGUAGACCAUUGUACAUUGAAAGAAUUGGGUCGGUGGACCUCAAUACCUUGUUACGUGUAACUACAGUUGACCGCUAUAUCAAAAAUCACAUUUCAGAACAAGAGAAAACAUUAAACUUAAGGUACGCUGCAUGCUCACUUGCAGCUAGGAAGUACAUAGCCUCAACAACGAGCAUUCUAGAUGUGAAAGGAGUGGGUACAAGUAACUUCUCAAAGCCUGCUAGAGAGCUUUUUACAGAAAUUCAAAAGAUUGAUAGCACUUACUACCCAGAGACUUUACAUCGACUAUAUAUUGUCAAUGCUGGAUCCGGGUUUAGAGUGCUGUGGAAAGCGAUAAGUGCUUUUCUGGAUGCGCGAACAAGGUUGAAGAUACAGGUGUUGGGAAACCAGUACCAGAGUAAGCUCUUGGAAGCUGUAGACCCAAGUAAUUUGCCAGACUUUUUGGGGGGAAGUUGCACAUGUUCUGAAUAUGGAGGAUGCCUGUUGAAAGAUAAGGGACCAUGGACUGACCCAGAAAUUAAUAACAUUCUGCAGGAAUAUUUCAGUAGAGGAGAGAAAUUUGCUGAUUAUGAAGAGUCAGACUCUAAGAUUGGUGUUGAUGGUUUCCAACAAGAGGUGCAAACAGGUGAUGUUGCUGAGCAGGUAGCACAGAAAAUUUUAGAACUUGAAGAUUGUCUUGUGGACACCAAGGAGCUCAUAGAAACACUUCUGUCUAAGCAGCAAAAGCUCACAGAUCAUAUAGAACAACUAAAGAAACUGACCUCGGUUUAAACAUGUCUCCCAGAUAAGAGCAAAUAAUGGUAAUACGAGGCUGGGUUUUCAUCACAACAUAAAGCCGAUGGCAAUACAUCAUUUAUUUCACCAUAUUCCUUUUCACGACGGCCAGUUCCUGUACCAACCAGCCCAAGCCGAG